AUGUCUCAGCAAGGCAGCGGCGGUCUUCUCGGCGGCGUGGGCGACACUCUGGGCAAGACAGUCGGCGGCGUAACCAACACGGUCGGCGGCGCAGUCGGUGGACUCGGUAACACGGUCGGCGGCGCGACCUCCGGCCUCGGAGAUACCGUCUCAGGUACUACUGAAGGACUGGGCAAUGUUACCAAGGGUGCUGGCGAGAGUGCCUCGGGCGCAACCUCGGGUGACAAGCAAGAGUCAUAUGGUGGGAAGGAGCAAACUGCACAGAACCCGCUUGGAUUGUAA